GGAUCAAUAUCGUAUCUUUCUACUUAGAUACAUUCAUGAUUACCGGAUCUUACGGUAUCACGAAUUUCCGAAGUUGUAUGCCCAACUACCACCCUCCAUCAGCCUUUGAAGGGGGCUUUUUUGAAACCAUGGCGAAAGAUUUGAGAUGAAGGAUCUCUACAUUUGAAUUUUGAAGUCUUCAUUUAUGCAAUCAAGAAUGAGAAAUCUAAUCAUAUGAACUCUGUAUAAUACACGCACCGGAACCACCAAGACAUCUACAACAAGCUGAUUGAGUCCACUUCUCCACAACUUUCUUUGGGUUAGCAGAGCCCGUGCGUUCCUUACAAUGGCAAUUUUUGACCUCAUCGGUAGAGAAGGUUUCGUUGCAGCACCGGCUCCACCAGGAGUGACACCAAAUUUCGACCAUCCCGAAAGCAAUGGCGGAAUGUACAUGGCAGGAACUCUCACAACACUAUGUGUUGCAUUCAUCUUUGUGGUUCUUCGUCUGGCGACCAAAGUGUCUAUGGCAGGAAGAAAGCUAGGAUGGGAUGACGUUCUGAUCGUUUUUGCGCUGGCCUUUUCGAUUGCCAGAGCCACCUGCUUCAUUGUUGACAUCGAACAUUAUGGGAUUGCGCACCAUGUUUGGGACCUUCGUCUCCCAUUGAACCGGAAUACUUGGCUGCUUCAUAGAAUUGGGGAUAUAAUGUGGCCUCCCGGAAUCCUUUGCGCCAAAGUAUCCAUCUUGAUGUAUUAUUUGUCGAUUUUCAGACCAAGCAAAACCUUUCGCUGGACUGUUUAUGGAACUCUGGUAUUCACGAUUUGUUACCUCGUCGCAUCAACAUUGGUGCAGAUCUUUUGGUGCAACCCCGUCGCUGCGGCGUUUGGAAUCAAAACCCCCGGCAAAAAGGCUGUCUGCCUAGACGGCUAUGUGACUGACCUUGCAAUCGGUGCCCUAAAUCUACUCACGGAUAUCAUAAUUCUUGUUCUGCCCAUGCCCAUGUUGUACACAUUACAGCUGAGUCGGGGACGAAAGUUGGGACUAGCAGCAAUAUUCGCUAUUGGUGGUUUUGCCGUGGGAGCUACUCUGGCUCGAAACGUUGAGAUAGCCGUGAAACUCAAGGAUAGUGACGCAGAUCAAACCUGGGACGUUAUGUACGAGGCCGUAUGGAUAUCCAUCGAGUUGAACGUAACAAUCAUCUGUUCGUGUCUGCUCGUCUGUCCGCAACUUUUCCGCUAUGUCUUGACCAACACAAAAGUUGGACAGUCUUUACGAAGUCUUUUCGGCUCAACCCGUACGACACAGAACUCUGUAAGCAGAGGCUCUUUAUCUGGGUUUAAUCAACGAGGCCCACGGUCCAAACACUAUUUACCACAAGAUAGUGAGAUUGAGCUUGAUAGAAAGAGUGCUAGGAGCUUUUCUGAUGAGAUACCUGAAGGUGCCAUUAGAGAAACUAGAACAGUAGAUCAGACCAUCGCGUAGAAUACUCGCUCUCAGCUUAUCAUCAGUGGCGUGUACUGGUGGAGCUGUUCUGUACUUUUAAAAUAGUUCAACCCGAAGAAUUUUUUUCAUGUGAAAUGCGGGCUGCCAACUCUUAGACCGAGAAUGUUGAUAUUUGCCCAUAUGUCAAAUCACAGGGGCAUUUUCAGAAAAAGGUAUGAAAAUAUUAGAUUUCUGAUAAAUUGAAGGCUUUUGUGAUACACUCAAAUGAUUUGGAGUUUGAAAUA